UAAUAAUUUGCGAUAAGAAAUAAUUUCUUUCUACGAUCAUCUUAAAACUUUAUAAUGCAACCAGAAGAAAAUAAACGUAAAGGAAGUUUUUUAGAGCAUACAGAUAGUCCUGAAAAAUUAAGAAAAGUUGGUCAGACUAACAAUAGAUUUGUUGAUAGUUUAAUAGGACAAUGGACAAAACAUACCGGAAUGCAAAUUUCUUCAAAACAAAUUGAAGAGUACAGAUCAAAUAUAGAUACCGAACAAGUGAAUAACCAAAAUCUUAAAAUACAAAUUUUAGAAAAGAAAUUACAAGAGGCGGAAGAUAAUAUAAUUACACUUUCUACCAAUCUUGAGAAUGAACUCAAUGUUAAAGAAGAAAUAUCAGAAAAAUUAACUUCUACAUGGGAAUCUAUAGAUACAAUAACAAACUAUUGUAAUUAUAUGUCUGAGACUAUGAAAGCAUUUCAAGAACAUAUAAAUCAUUUAACAGCUUCAUAUAACACCAUAACAAAUAUGCAAAAAAAAACGGUAGAACGACAAGAACAACAAAUACAUGAUAUGAAAACGAAAGAUGCUGAACAUCAGAAGUAUAUUGCCGAAGUAGAAGAAAACUUUAUGAAGCAAGAAAAAAAAAUACAAGAAUUGAUCUCGGUAAAACAAAUGUUGGAGGAACAAGCGAAAAGUUUCGAAGAAAAAUUAAAUUUUGAAAAAAAUUAUUUAAUGAGUACUCAUACAGAAGAGAAACUAAAAUUAAUCAAUGAACAUGAAAUUAUUAUAAAGGAAAGGGAUCAAUUACAAUUAUCGAUAAAACAAAUGGAAGAGAAAACAAAAAAUACAAUAGAUUUAAUAGCCGAAAAAGAAGCGACCAUUACUAAAUUGCAAAAUAAAAUGAAUUCUUAUAUUAAUCAGAUAACAGCACUGUCAUCUAAUAAUACAGAAUUAAUUAAAAAACUCGAAAAUGUAGAAAAAGAAAAAGAAAAAGAAAUACAAGAAAAAGCAAACGAGGUAAAACAACUUUCAGAAGUGAUAAGUAAAAACAAAGAAAAAGAGAAUGAAUUAACUCAAAGUAUUGAGCAAAAAGUAGAACAAUGUAGAUACUUUGAGAAUAAUUUAUUAGAUACGAAAAAUAAAUUAGAACAAGCAGGAAAUACUAUAAAACAGUUAAAAAAUAAUGAAAAUGAAACUAUUACAAAACUUCAGAAAGCAAUAGAUACAUUACAAAAAGAAAAGGCAGAAAUGUAUUCGCAAUAUCAAACACAAAUUCAGCAUAUAAAGCAAUCUGAGAAAAAAAUUCAAGAGAAGCAGGAAACUGCUUUGAAAGAGGAAUUUAAAACUAAUACUAUAGAAAUGGAGAAAACGAUAGAACAAUUAAAACAAGAAAUUACAAAACUUAAUGAAACACUCGAAGAAACUAAAGCUGAAAAUAAUAGCAAUAAGUUAAAAAAAAGUGCCAGUAACAUUUCCAAGAAUAAAGAAAAAGCCGAGUCUGAAUUAAAAAACAAGUACGCAAAGUAUCAAAAGGAAUUAAUCUUAGCAGAGCAAAAAUAUAAAAAUAUGCUAGCUAAAUGUGAUAAGCAAAAAGAAAUGCAAGUAGAUAUGUUGGAAAUUCCACUAACAGUAAAUUCUCUACCUCAAAAGAAAACAAAAUUACAGAAUGAUAAAGAGGAUCUUUUUAAUGAAUUGCAAAAAUCAUCUUCGCAACAUGCACCAACACAAAUGUCAAAUGUUAUAGCAACUCAAAACUCUAUUGCGGAAACAGAAAAUUCACUUAGUGAGAACAAGUUCUUUAAGCUAAGAAAUACGCAAGUUCGACGUUACGGAAAUCAAAAGAACAAAUUUAUUAGAACAUAAUAUAUAUGUUAACGUACAUUAUCACAUGCACAAUCAAAGAGUAAUAUAUGUUUUUUAUAUUUUUGUUAUAAUAAUAGUAUUGCACAAAUUGUUUUGAAAUAAUGAUAAAAAAUAUUCAUGAUUUUUAUUUCGCAUUUUACUCCAGUUAUCGUAAUUAAUACU